GACGACGAGGACGCGAAGCGACGAGCGCGGAAACCGCGAUUGGCGAUCAAGAAGAUGGUGCUGGAGAAUUUUAAAUCCUACGCGGGGGCGCAACACGUGGGACCGUUUCAUAAGAGUUUUUCAUCCGUCGUCGGCCCGAAUGGGAGCGGGAAGUCGAACGUGAUCGACGCGAUGAUGUUUGUGUUCGGUAAACGAGCGAAACAGUUGCGAUUGAAUAAGGUGAGCGAGUUGAUUCACAACUCUACAGAUUUCAGAAAUUUGGAGCACGCGCGUGUGGAGGUGCACUUUCACGAAAUCAUCGAUCACGUGGACGACGAAGAAGGAUACGAUAUCGUGCCGAACUCGGAUUUCGUCAUCUCUCGCGAGGCGUACAGGAAUAACUCGAGCAAAUACUUCGUGAACGAUAAGACGAGCUCGUUCACAGAGGUGACAAAGUUGUUAAAGUCGAAGGAUGUGGAUUUAAACAACAACCGUUUCCUCAUCUUGCAAGGGGAAGUUGAACAAAUUUCCAUGAUGAAGCCGAAAGGGGCGGCGCCGGGCGAUGAAGGCUUAUUGGAAUACUUGGAAGACAUCAUCGGUACUUUGCAAUACGUCGAGCCCAUCGAAGAGGCGAGCAAGAAGUUGGAGGAGUUGAACGAGCAGCGCGAUGUCAUGGUAAACCGAUUGAAGUUAGUCGAGGGUGAGAAGGAUGCGCUCGCCAUCGUCAAGGCGGAGGCGGAGGCGUUCUUAGAGAAAGAAAAAGAGCUCUUGUCUACGCGAUCGACGAUGUACCAACUAUUCAUCAAAGAGACGCAAACCAACUUGGUCAAGAUUCAAGAAAACAAGGAUGCGCUCACGCAAAAGCUCGAAGAAGAGCGCGCGAAACACUCCGAGCACGAGGACGCGUUGAAGGCUGCAGAGGGCCGUAAGGGCGAAAUUGCUGACGAAUUGUCCAAGAUUCAAGCUGAUUUCGACAAGAGUGUGAAAGACUUUGCCGACUUCGAGCUGAAGGAUGCCAAGUAUCGAGAGGAGUUGAAAAACAUGAAGGCGUCGGUGAAGAAACUCAACACGAAAAUUGCCACGGACACGGAAAAGCAGCAGAAAAUGGCGGCGGAAUGCGCGGCGAUUGAGAAAGAAGUGCCCGUUUUGGAAGCAAAAAAGGCAGAUCUCGAGGCAAGAAUCGACAAAGAAGAGGCUGCUUUGGAUGCUCUCGUCGCUAGCUUGCAAGAUGAGUUCGCAGCGGUGGGCCGCGAACUCGACCAAGCGCAAAAGGAUUUGGCGCCGUGGGAAGGUAAGCUCGCCGCGGCUCAGGGGGCGUUCAACGUCGCUACGUCUGAGCGAGCCCUUCUCCUUGAAAAACACGCUGAUGCAGAAAAGUCUUUGAACGCGGCACGUGAGGGUCAAAAGGAGGCACGCGUGAAGGCUAUCGAGUUGAAGAAAACCAUCGGCGAAGAGGAAGCGACGUUGGAGACAGAGCGCGCGCGCGCCGAUAAGGCUCGAGUAAUGGAAGCCGAUGCGAAAGAAAAAGAAGCCGCUGCGCAAGCUGAGACUCGUGAGAUUCGUGGUAAGCUCGAACAACGUCGUUCGACGGCCGAGACGGAGAAGAGUCAGAAUGCGAUGGUGCAAGCGUUGCUUGACGCUCAAGCCGCUGGCGCGCUCAAGGGUGUUCUCGGUCGUCUCGGUGAUCUUGGGGCUAUUGACAAAGAAUAUGAUGUCGCGGUGUCGACUGCAUGUGGACCUCUUGAUCACAUCUUGGUUGAAACCACGUCCGAUGCGCAGCUUUGUGUGUCGUACCUUCGGAAGCACAACCUCGGUCGGGGCAACUUUCUUGCCCUCGACAGACAGAAGCAUCUUCUUUCUAAGAUGAACGAAAAGGUUUCCAACCCGGACAACGCGCCGCGCCUGAUCGAUUUGAUCAAACCCGCGGAAGAACGCUUUGCGGUCGCUUUCUACUUCGGAGUUCGUGAUACUUUAGUGGCUCAAGAUCUCGAACAAGCUUCGCGCCUGGCUCACGGCGAGAAGCGCCGUCGAGUGGUUACCAUUCAGGGUCAACUGUUUGAGACCAGCGGUACGUUGAGUGGUGGCGGUUCCAAGCCGCGUACCGGUAGAAUGCGCGUUGGAAAUCAAGCACCAGUGAUUACCGAUGCCGCCGAAGUGGCGAAAGAGAUUAAAAUGGCAGAGGUGGAGCUUGAACAAGCUGGAAAACUCUACGAACGCUCGCGUCAGGUGGCGCUCAAAUCUCUCCAGGAGGCUCGCGAUGCAGAGGCGAUCGUCAACAAAAUCGAACGCAUGAUUCCCAAGUUGAAGGCUGAAUUUGACGCAGCCGAAGCCAAGGCUGCUGAUUUGUCCACUCGUUUGGUUGAACUCGAAGCGGCGCAUGACGCGAGUAAGAACGACGCGGACGAGCUCAAGAGACUCGACAAAGAAGUUGAAAAGGCCAAGGUUGUGUUGGAUGAAGUCACGGCGGGUGCAGCCGCUCUUAAACAGAAGGAAGCCAAGUUGCAACAAAAGAUGGAUAACGUUGGCGGUGAUGGCUUGAAAAGGCAGCGAGCGUUAGUCAAGGAUCUCACCGCCGGCAUCGCUGCAGCGUCUGACGCCGUCACCGAGAAGCGCGCCAAGGCCAAGUCUCACGAAGGGACGACCGCUCGUCUCUCCAAGGGAAUCGAAGCCAAUCAAGCCGAAGUUGAGCAAAUUAAGGCUAAUAUGCAGAAUCACGAGGCUGAAUUCAAGGCACUUGAAGACGGCGCCGCCGCCGUACUCGAAUCGCAAGGCGAACUUAAGCAGCUCCUUGAAGUGAAGAGUGGCGAGUUCUCCGAGGCACAGAAAGCGUUCGAUGAAAUAAUGAAAAUUGUCGGCACCAUCCGAGGCGUUGAAGUUGAUAUUCAAGCGAAAUUAGACGACCUCAGCGUCGUCCAGAAGGAGAAUAAAGACAAGGAAAAGCACUGGAAUAAAGAAAUCAACAAGGUGACGAAGGAGCGCACGUCGCUUUACGCGGAGGGUGAAGUGCCUGAACUCUUGAACGACGAAGAGCUCGAGCAACAUACGACGGACGAGAUGCAAGAAAAGGCGGUGAUUUUAGAAGAAGAACUCGCGGCUGCAAAGCCUGACAUGUCAUCUAUCGAAGCGUACGCGAAGAAAGCGGAGGAGUACGAAGAGCGCGCCGCUGAGUUGAGCGCGGCGACGGAGGAGCGUGAUAACACUCGUGAAGCGUACGACAAGCUACGACAAAAACGACUCAACGAGUUCAUGGAUGGUUUCAAUAUUAUCUCGCUCAAACUCAAAGAGAUGUAUCAAAUGAUCACUCUCGGUGGUGAUGCCGAACUUGAGCUGGUAGAUUCGCUCGAUCCCUUCUCCGAGGGCAUUGUUUUCAGCGUGCGCCCGCCGAAGAAGAGCUGGAAGAACAUCGCCAAUUUAUCCGGUGGUGAGAAGACGCUCUCAUCGCUCGCAUUGGUGUUUGCUUUGCAUCACUACAAGCCCACACCGUUGUAUGUCAUGGACGAAAUUGACGCUGCGUUGGAUUUCAAGAACGUUUCCAUCGUCGGACAUUACAUCAAGGAGCGAACGAAAAACGCUCAGUUUGUGAUCAUUUCUCUGCGCAAUAACAUGUUCGAGCUCGCGGAUAGAUUGGUCGGUAUUUACAAGACCAACAACACCACGAAGACAGUGGCGAUCAAUCCGGGCGCAUUCAAGGUU